GGGGCUGCGAGCGUCCUUCUCUCCCUGCGGGGGUACUAGGCUUGAGGCGGGGCGGGGCCGGGCGGGGAGGGGAGGUUGCGGACGGUUGGCCGAGCUAGGCGGUGGGGUGAGAGCGGACAGCGCGGCGGCGGUGGCGGCGGGCCCCGCGUGGAGCCGGGGCGAUUGUGACUGCCAGCCCCGGGAGCGGCGACGCGGAGGCAGAGGAGGCGGCGGCGGCGCCGGGCACAGAGCGGCGUCCGCUCUCCCUGUGUCCCCGGAGCGGCCCCCCCCUCCCCCGCCCCGGGAGGGAGGCGGGGGACCCCUCGGACCCGCCAUGAAUCCCGGCUUCGACCUGUCCCGCCGGAACCCGCAGGAAGACUUUGAGCUGAUCCAGCGCAUCGGCAGCGGCACCUACGGGGACGUGUACAAGGCUCGAAAUGUUAACACUGGUGAACUGGCAGCAAUUAAAGUAAUAAAAUUGGAACCAGGAGAAGACUUUGCAGUUGUACAGCAAGAAAUUAUUAUGAUGAAAGACUGUAAACACCCAAAUAUUGUUGCUUAUUUUGGCAGCUAUCUCAGGCGAGAUAAACUAUGGAUUUGCAUGGAGUUUUGUGGAGGUGGUUCUUUGCAGGACAUAUAUCAUGUGACUGGACCUCUAUCAGAACAGCAGAUUGCAUAUGUUAGCAGAGAAACUCUACAGGGAUUAUAUUAUCUACACAGUAAAGGAAAAAUGCACAGAGAUAUAAAGGGAGCAAAUAUUCUGUUAACAGAUAAUGGCCAUGUAAAAUUAGCUGAUUUUGGAGUAUCUGCACAGAUAACAGCUACAAUUGCCAAACGGAAGUCUUUCAUUGGCACACCAUAUUGGAUGGCUCCUGAAGUAGCUGCAGUUGAAAGGAAAGGUGGAUACAACCAGCUGUGUGACCUGUGGGCAGUGGGGAUAACUGCGAUAGAGCUCGCAGAACUCCAGCCUCCCAUGUUUGAUUUGCAUCCAAUGAGAGCAUUGUUCUUAAUGACAAAAAGCAACUUUCAGCCACCCAAGCUAAAGGACAAAAUGAAGUGGUCAAAUAGCUUUCAUCAUUUUGUGAAAAUGGCACUUACCAAAAAUCCAAAAAAAAGGCCAACAGCUGAAAAGUUAUUGCAGCACCCUUUUGUCACACAACCUUUAACCCGAUCUUUGGCUAUUGAACUUUUGGACAAAGUGAAUAAUCCAGAUCAUACCACUUACCAUGAUUUUGAUGAUGAUGAUCCUGAGCCUCUGGUUGUUGUGCCUCACAGAAUUCAUUCAACAAGUAGAAAUGUGAGAGAAGAAAAGACACGCUCUGAGAUAAACUUUGGGCAAGUAAAAUUUGAUCCGCCCUUAAGAAAGGAGACGGAGCCACAUCAUGAGCUGCCCGACAGUGACGAUUUUUUGGACAGUUCAGAAGAAAUAUACUACACUGCAAGAUCUAAUCUGGAUCUUCAACUAGAAUAUGGACAAGGACACCAGAGCAGUUAUUUUUUAGGUGGAAAUAAGAAUUGUACUCUAUAUAACGAUUCACUGGCAAGGAGUCUUUUGAAGUCUGUUGAAGAAGAAUUACAUCAGAGGGGACAUGUGGCACAUUUAGAAGAUGAGGAAGGAGAUGACGAUGAAUCUAAACAUUCAACUAUGAAAGCAAAGGUUCCACCUCCUUUACCACCAAAGCCUAAAUCCAUCUACAUACCACAGGAAACUCCUGCCAUUGAGGAUGAUAAUCAAGGAACAAUCAAGAGGUGUCCUGUGCCUGAGAGUCCAGCAAAGCCAUCACAAGUUCCCCCCAGACCACCACCUCCCCGGUUACCCCCACAGAAGCCUGCUGUUUUAGGUAAUGGACUGAACUCCUUCCAGCUGAAUGGUGAACGAAGUGGCUCAUUAUACCAGCAGCAGAAUGAAAAUAGGGGCACAAACCUUUCAAGGAAAGAAAAGAAGGAUGUACCCAAACCCAUUAGCAACGGUCUUCCUCCAACACCUAAAGUGCAUAUGGGUGCUUGCUUUUCAAAGGUUUUUAAUGGGUGCCCUUUGAAAAUUCACUGUGCAACAUCAUGGAUAAACCCAGAUACAAGAGAUCAGUAUUUGAUAUUUGGUGCUGAGGAAGGGAUAUAUACCUUGAACCUUAAUGAGCUACAUGAGACAUCAAUGGAACAGCUAUUUCCCCGAAGAUGUACAUGGUUAUAUGUAAUGAAUAAUUGCUUACUAUCAAUAUCUGGUAAAGCAUCUCAGCUUUAUUCCCAUAAUUUACCAGGACUUUUUGAUUAUGCAAGACAAAUGCAAAAGUUACCUGUUGCUAUUCCAGCACACAAACUCCCUGACCGAAUAUUGCCCAGGAAAUUUGCUGUAUCUGCAAAAAUUCCUGAAACCAAGUGGUGUCAAAAAUGUUGUGUUGUGAGAAAUCCUUACACAGGCCAUAAGUACCUUUGUGGGGCACUUCAGUCUAGCAUUGUUCUGUUAGAAUGGGUUGAACCAAUGCAGAAGUUUAUGUUAAUUAAGCACAUAGAUUUUCCUAUACCAUGUCCACUUAGAAUGUUUGAAAUGCUGGUAGUACCCGAACAGGAAUACCCUUUAGUUUGUGUUGGUGUUAGUAGAGGGAGAGAUUUCAACCAGGUGGUUCGGUUUGAGACUGUCAACCCAAAUUCUACCUCUUCAUGGUUUACAGAAUCAGACACACCACAGACAAGCGUUAUACAUGUAACCCAACUCGAGAGAGAUACCAUUCUUGUAUGCUUGGAUUGUUGUAUUAAAAUAGUAAAUCUACAAGGCAGAUUAAAAUCUAGCAGAAAAUUGUCAUCAGAACUUACAUUUGAUUUCCAGAUUGAAUCAAUAGUUUGCCUACAAGACAGUGUGCUAGCUUUCUGGAAACAUGGAAUGCAAGGAAGAAGUUUUAGAUCAAAUGAGAUAACACAAGAAAUUUCAGAUAGUACAAGGAUUUUCAGGCUUCUUGGAUCUGACAGGGUCGUGGUUUUGGAAAGUAGGCCAACUGAUAAUCCUACAGCCAAUAGCAACUUGUACAUCCUGGCGGGUCAUGAAAACAGUUACUGAGAAAUGUUGUGCAUGACACUUAUGUAUCAUAGAAAGAGAACACUACUGCUGCAACAUGAAUGGAUGCUUGAAGCUAUACACAAGCUACAGUCCCCUAGCUUCAGUGACUUUGUAAUUUAUUGUGGCAUGAGACAAAGAGGAGGAGAAAUGUUGUUUGUGUGGUAUGGAUGUGUCGAGCAUGUGUACCACACCAGUGCUUCAUUCACUAGUAUGUAAUCUUUGUACAUAGAGGCAGUAUUUUUCAGUGAAACUUGAUAGUACUGAUGACAUACACUAAGAAUUGAUGUAGAUAAUGGUCCUUUUAUGAUGUACAAGUGUCUUAUCUGUACAGAUGUAAAGGUUGAUGCAAAAAGGCCGUUGGGGGUACUACUUUAAGAACUCCUCUUUGGGUGUGGUUAUAUUAUAAAAUAGGAUCCUGGCAAUGAACACAUCUAACAACACUAUUGUGUUUUUAUUAUGUAAUUUAGUAAUACAACUAUAAAUCUUGUAACUUUUAAAAUUGUAACCGAGGCUGAAAUCAUUUUAUAAUCUUGGUUUUUUUUUAUUUUAAUGCAAGUACACUGGUGUUUAUAUUUGCACAAAGUAUUGAUAUGUGAUGUAUUGAGUCACAAAAGUAAGCUGUGACAUUGUCAAUAUGCAUUGGGCUUCAAAAUACCUUUUAAAAACUUAUUUGGUGGUUUUCUUUGUGAAACAAACCAAUUAACCACCUGUCGUAGUAACUGGUCUUUUUUAUAUUUAAGCAAAAUUCUUUAAGAUUGCUUCUCUGCUUAAAAAAACAAUACCUUCCAGAAUAGGUUUGGAUCACAGAAUAGCGGUACCAUGAUAUAACACUGCAAUCAUUGUUUGAAUUAUAGCAUACACAAUGAUAAAAUUAGCAUUAUUGAAAAGAGUCCACACUAAACAUUUCAUAUAAUCACAUUGAAGAACUAUAACAUUCCAUAGAGUGAAGUGGUUCAAAUUUCCUGUUGUAUUUUUACUUCUUUUGGCCUUUUGAUCAUUUUCAUAUUUGUUUUGAUUUAGUGUUAACACAUGGCCAAAAUAAUUUAGUUACUACCUCAUACAGACAAAUAAUGGUUACUACACAUCACAGGAAUUUAGUUUUGGUCAAAGUUAUCUUUGAUUGCUAUUUUCCAAUGGAAUAUGUAUAUACCAAGUUUUAGUAAAAUGCACACUUUGACUCUUUUUUUGUAUAUGUUCUUUAUAUUUUAAUGUGAGUAUAUACACUAAGAUCAAACUAAAUUGUGAUUUAUGGUCUUCAUUAAUGUGAUUGGUAAUGCUUUUGAAUAUGUUCCUUAUUGUACAUAUUGUAAAAUAAAAAUGUUUUUUAACA